CCUCUCAUCCCUUCCCGUCAUGCAGCGCUGCUGCCUGCUCCUCCGUUGAGCCGCCAUGUUGUCGGAGUGAAAGCCUGGGGUGUCACAGACAAGCUGGGGCCGAAAUCCGUGACCAUCCACCCUCUCCGCCGGCCGUGGUGGAAUGAGCAGUGUGUGUGUGUUUAAGAGGAAAGCAGUGCUCUGGCAGGAUUCAUUCAGCCCCCACCAUAGAAGUACAUCUCCCAGCAUGCCUGUGGUGCUGAGCAGCGGAGGACAUGCCCCCCCAACUGGACAGACCCCCCAGGCCACACCCCCCAGCCAGCAGGGUGUAGCGGGUGCCGGUCGCUCCCAAGAUGACGCUAUGGUAGACUAUUUCUUCCAGCGUCAACACGGCGAGCAGCCUGGAAAACACCGCUGGCCCACUGGAGACAACAUCCACGAUAGUCAGGUGCGGUCCAUGGAUGAGCUGAACCAUGACUUCCAGGCUCUGGCUUUGGAAGGUCGUGCUAUGGGAGAGCAACUUCUAACAGGAAAGAAGUUCUGGGAGACGGAUGACUCUGGGAAAGAUGGACCAAAAGGGAUUUUCUUGGAUCAGUGGAGGGACAGUGCAUGGGGGGCCUCAGAUCAUUCGGUGUCUCAGCCAAUCAUGGUGUCCCGUCGACCUGGGCAGGGUUUCCAUGGAGGUGGUGAAGUGGGGGUGGGCUCUGUAAUGUCACCGCGGUCUGAAAGUGGAGGGCUGGGAGUUAGCAUGGUGGAGUAUGUUCUGUCCUCCUCGCCUGCUGACAAACUGGACUCCUGCCUUAGAAAAGGACCAUACGGGCAGAGGGACGGAGAGGUGGAGGAGGAGAAGAGGGAGAAGCCAAAGUCGUUUGAAGGAGAGAAACUGAAAGAGUUAACAGAAGGUGAAGCUGAUGUGAUUAGUGACGUCAUCAGUGAUGUCAUAAACCCCAACGGGCUGCCGGUACAGAACGGCCUGGACGUCGAUGUAAAGGAGUUCGGUCGUCCCCCAGGCAACAUGUCUGCACCGGGCCCCGAGGGGGAUCUGCUGGGAGGUCCUGGGGGGGUCGGGGCCGAGGGCUUAACACCCCUGGGGAGUGGUGGAGGUCACAAACCUCCUGAAGACUUCUCUAGUGUGGAACAAGGUGGCGUUACCAUGGACCCCAUGGAGUCAGUGAUGGAGCCUCUUCAGUUUGACUACAACUCCCAGAUGCCCAUGGACUCUGCGCCCACUGUGGGUCUGUUUGAUUACACUAACCAGCAGCAGCUGUUCCAGAGAAACAAUGCCCUGGCCGUGCAGCAACUAACAGCAGCCCAGCAACAGCAGUACGCACUGGCAGCUGCACAGCAGCCUCACAUUGGCCUGGCUCCAGCUUUUGUGCCCAAUCCUUACAUCAUCAGUGCUGCCCCACCAGGGACGGACCCCUACGCUGCAGGACUGGCGGCAGCAGCUACACUUGGCCCAGCAGUUAUGCCCCCUCAGUACUAUGGUGUGACUCCCUGGGGGGUCUAUCCAGCUAACCUUUUCCAGCAGCAGGCGGCUGCAGCCAACAAUUCAGCCAAUCAGCAAGCAGCAGGUCAAGGCCAGCAGAACCAGCAGCAGGUGAUGCGAGCCGGAGGAAACCAGCGACCCCUGACUCCCAAUCAGGGGCAGCAGGGGCAGCAGAAUGACCAGCUGGUUGCGGCAGCAGCAGUGAACUCGGCUCUUGCCUUUGGACAGGGGUUAGCUGCAGGAGUCCCUGGUUACCCAGUCUUGGCGCCUGCAGCUUACUAUGAUCAAACAGGGGCCUUGGUGGUCAACACUGGAGCCAGGAGUGGACCUGUGCGCCUCAUGGCUCCGGCCUCUGUCAUCAUCUCUCCUUCUGCAGCUCAAGCAGUUGCUGCAGCAGCAGCUUCAGCAGGUGGUGCCAACGGCGGCUUGGGAGGAGGUGCUAACGGCCCGUUCCGUGCCAUGACGUCCCAGCAGCCUCAGCAGCAGGGCGGCCCCGGUGGUGCUCUAGGAGGGAGCUCUUUCUAUGGCUCUUCAUCCCUUAGUUCCUCCUCCCAGAGCUCUUCGCUUUUCUCACAAGGUUCCGCUCAGCCUGGCCCAGGCUCCGCCUCGCUGGGAUUCAGCCAGCCUGCCUCAUCCUCGCUUGGGGCAUCUCUUGGGGCCACUCUGGGAGGCUUUGGGACUGCAGUGGCCAACUCGAGUGGUGGCGGUGGUUCCAGACGGGACUCGUUGACAGGAAACAGUGAGCUGUACAAGCGCACACCCUCCAGUCUUACACCUAUUGGCCAUGGAGGUUUCUACAAUGGCACUCUGGGCUUCAGUCCGUCCCCUGGUCCCGUGGGGAUGCCUCUACCCAACCAGGGGCCGUCCCACUCCCUGACACCUCCACCCUCCCUGUCCAAUCACAGCUCCUCAUCCAACCUCAACCUUGGAGGUCUGACCAAUGGCAGUGGCCGCUUCAUUUCCGCAGCGCCGGGAGCGGAGGCCAAGUAUCGCAGCACGGCCAGCUCAGGCUCCUCCCUGUUUUCCCCCAGCAGUCAGCUGUUCCCGUCGUCACGGCUACGCUACGGCAUGUCGGACGUGAUGCCCUCGGGCCGGAGCCGCCUGCUGGAGGACUUCAGAAACAACCGCUACCCCAACCUGCAGCUUAGAGACAUCGCAGGCCACAUCAUGGAGUUCAGCCAGGACCAGCAUGGCAGCAGGUUCAUCCAGUUAAAGUUGGAGCGAGCGAGUGUAGCGGAGCGCCAGCUGGUCUUCAGUGAGAUCCUGCAGGCGGCCUACCAGCUCAUGGUGGACGUGUUUGGGAACUACGUCAUCCAGAAGUUCUUUGAGUUUGGGAGCCUUGACCAGAAGCUGGCUCUGGCUGAGAGGAUUCGAGGCCAUGUGCUGUCUCUGGCCCUGCAGAUGUACGGCUGCAGGGUGAUCCAGAAAGCUCUGGAGUUCAUCCCCUCAGAUCAGCAGGUCAUUAGUGAGAUGGUGCGCGAGCUGGACGGCCACGUGCUGAAGUGCGUAAAGGACCAGAACGGCAACCACGUGGUGCAGAAGUGCAUCGAAUGCGUCCAGCCCCACGCGCUGCACUUCAUCAUCGAGGCCUUUAAGGGACAGGUUUUUGCCCUCUCCACUCACCCGUACGGCUGCCGAGUCAUCCAGCGCAUCCUGGAGCACUGCCUUCCCGAGCAGACGCUGCCUAUCCUAGAGGAGCUCCAUCAACACACCGAGCAGUUGGUGCAGGACCAGUAUGGAAACUACGUGAUCCAGCACGUCUUGGAACACGGCCGAGCUGAGGAUAAGAGUAAAAUAGUGGCAGAGAUAAGAGGCAAUGUUCUGGGGCUCAGCCAGCACAAGUUUGCAAGCAACGUUGUGGAGAAGUGUGUGACCCACGCAUCUCGGACAGAGCGGGCGAUGCUGAUAGACGAAGUGUGCGGUCUGACUGAGGGCCCCCACAGUGCCUUAUACACCAUGAUGAAGGACCAGUACGCCAACUACGUGGUACAGAAGAUGAUCGAUGUGGCGGAACCAACGCAGAGAAAAAUUGUCAUGCAUAAGAUCCGACCCCACAUUUCCACCCUGAGGAAGUACACGUACGGCAAACACAUCCUCGCCAAGCUGGAGAAGUACUACAUGAAGAACGGCGUUGACCUGGGUCCUCUCUGCGGCCCUCCCAACGGCAUCAUGUGAACUGUCCCUCCUCACCCCACAGCUCAUCUUAAAUCAUGCUCCACUGGCUCCACCCUGUUUUACCCCACCAGACCCGGUCUACCAAAGCCUUCUAAGGGUGUGCGGAGUACCCCCCCACAUCGCUGUUUCCAUGACAACCCCUCCAAAGGAGCUUGUUGCUACAGGCAGCCUCAUUUUGUCUGUCACCCCUCCCCCACUUAAGCCCAGGCUGCUGAAAUAUAUGGGGGGGGGGGGGGGGGCAAGGGGUGGAGAACGAGGUGAGAUGUGAUCCACCUGUUUCUUUCUUUUCAUCUCCUUUCUUUUUUGACCCCGUCAUCCCUCCUUAUUGCUUCCAAUGGACUUCCCCCCCUUCAUGUUUUUUUACCACUAUGAGAUGGAGCAAGUGCUUCACAGAAUCUAGACAAUUACACGCGUCAUCAGCUAACCAGCAGACAGAUCAUUUAGCAUGGGAAAUUUGUUUUCUGGUCUUGCUUCUACAAAUAUAACGUGUAUACUUGGUGUAGACCUUUGCAUAUAUAUAUAUAUAUAUAUAUAUAAAUAUAUAUAUAAAAAACUUUGUAGUUUUUUUUCUGGUUUUUUGAUGUUGAAUCUGUAUCUAUAAUGUAUCCUAGUAGUGACCACAUACUUCUGACUGUAUAAUUGUACAUUUGUAAACCCUUGUAAUGUAAAAGUGCUUUACCACCCUUUUUUGGUAUGAGAAGACAAACGAAAAACAAAAGUUCACUCUUAAAAAAAAAACGAGAAAAAGGACAAAAAAAAGACUUGUGCAUUUCAGUGUAUAUUCUCACCUCCUUGUUUGUGACAUAAGUUGUUGUAUAUUGUAAAUUGUAAUAUCAAAUUUUUGUUUUGAAAAGCCCUUUCUAUACAGCGUAGUACUUGUACAAAGAUUCGCCACGCUCGCUUUUAUCUUGAUCUCGUCACUGCUUUACUUAAAACACGGAUCUCCCACCGACCCCCCGCUGGUUCUGUUAAACUUCAGGUUUUUGUUACAGCUUUUUCUUUCGUUUUGGAUCUUUUUAUAGGGAACGUUCCCGCCUCCCCAUGAAUUAUGAAUAUGGGUAUAUAGCUGGGUGGGAGAGGUAUUUUAUUCAACUAACUCCCAAAUCACAUGUCUAUUUUCUGGGGUCGCCCAUGGAUUGUACAGAGGAGACGUUUGUGGCUUUUGUUCCUUUUUUUGUUUUUUUUUUUGUUUUUGCAUUUCUCUAGUGCUGUAAGUGCUGUAUUAUAUUGUUCAUGUCCUUUUUGGGUGAGAGGCAGCCCGCCAGAGCGCGGUGUACAUUUGGAAGCAGCCUUGUGUAUAUUUACUACGAGCACACCUGUAACCAUAAGUGUAUAGUUAACAGAACCUGUGUAUGCUUAUUGCCUGGGCAACUAUUUUUUGUAACUCCUGUUGUAGAUUGUCUCUAAACAAUUGUGUGAUCUUUAUUUUGAAAAUCAAACUGAACAAAAAAGAAAAAACUUUGAAAAUUUAA